AUGCAGCCCCUUACUUUUGCUGGGAUUAGUAGAGACAUCUUGCUACCCGUUAAAUGGGUAAAGGAAAUGGAAAAGGCCUUCAAGUUUCUGGGUUGUAAUGAAGAGCAGAAACUUAUAUGUGCUGGAUACAAGCUCCAGUACGAGGCAGAAGCUUGGUGGGAAACUACUAGGCCUAUUUUGGAGGCAGCACACCCAGUUAUAACAUGGGACAUUUUCAAGCAAGCCUUCUUUGUAAAUUACUUUCCCACUAGUGUACGGAAGAAGAAGGAGAUAGAAUUGGCAAAGUUAACACAGGGACCUAAGUCUGUGUUAGAGUACCAACAAAAGUAUGUAGAGCUUUUCUUCUUUGCCCCUCCUCACCUAAGUGAUGAUGAAGCAAAGGCACAGAAAUUUGAGGACGGGUUGAGGCCACAGAUUGCCUCUAUAAUGGCCACCAGACCGACUCAAGGUUACUCAGAGACUCUGCAAACUGCAAAGAAGAUUGAGGAUAAGCAGAGAGAUGCUUAUCAUGUCAGUCAGUCAUCCGGCAAGCGAGCAGCCCCAUUCUUUGAUAGAGGAUUUAGCAAGUUCAGCAAAUCUUUUGGAUCUAGCGUAGCUCUAGCCUUCCCACAGAAGAGUCAGUCUAAGUCAACAGUGUCCGGACCAGUAUAUGCCAAUCCCAGUACUAAGGCAACAGAUGCAGCAGCUCCAACAAGUGUUGUAGACUUCAAAUGCUUCACAUGUGGUACCAUUCUCAUUUGCUCUACUCCUGCAUACACCUUGUUUGAUACGGGAGCAACGCAUUCCUUUGUGUCUCCGUCAUUUGCUAAGAGAACUGGUGUGUCACCGAAGUGUUUGGCAGAGGGUCUAGCAGUUAGCACACCUACUGGGUUAAGGAUAGACUUGAACACAUUGUAUGAGCCCUGUGCCGUGAGAAUUACGGGCAGAGACAUGAAUGCCCAUCUGAUCCAACUCGAUAUGACUGACUUUGAUGUCAUAUUGGGGAUGGAUUGGACACAGUUUAGGUCUAUGUUAAAGAUUCCUAUUGUAGGGGAAUUCCCUGAUGUUUUCCCUGAUGAUUUGACAAGUCUGCCUCCACCUAGAGAGAAUGAGUUUGUGAUUAACUUAAUACCUGGAGCGGUACCGAAUGAAGAAGAGCAUGCUCAACGCUUGAGACUUGUUCUACAAAGGCUGAGAGAGAAGCAGCUUUAUGCAAAAUUCAACAAGUGUGAAUUCUGGCUGCCUCAAGUUGGUUUCUUAGACCAUAUAAUUUUAACCAGAGGGAUUGAAGUAGACCCAGGGAAGGUUGAAGCUGUAGUGAAUUGGGAAAGUCCCAAGAUAGUAACUGAGAUAAGAAGUUUUCUGGGUUUAGCUGGUUACUACAGGAGGUUCAUAGAGAACUUUUCGAAGAUAGCCAUGCCCAUGACACAGCUUACCAGAAAAGGUGCAAAAUUUGAAUGGAAUGAAGACUGUGAGAACAGCUUUCAAGAAUUGAAAAAGAUAUUGGUAACAGCCCCAGUCCUUGUUCUUCCUGAAGGAACUGAGGGGAUGGUUGUAUAUACUGAUGCCUCCAAGACAGGGCUAGGGUGUGUGUUAAUGCAAAAUGGGAAAGUCAUUGCCUAUGGUUCUAGACAGCUAAAGGACCAUGAGAAGAACUACCCUAUACAUGACCUGGAAUUAGCAGUAGUUGUCUUUGCAUUGAAGAUGUGGAGACAUUAUCUGUAUGGUGAGAAGAUUGAGAUCUUCACUGACCAUAAGAGUUUGAAGUACUUCUUCACUCAAAAGGAGUUAAAUAUGAGGCAAAGGAGAUGGUUGGAACUCAUUAAUGAUUAUGAGUUUAACAUUAUAUACCAUCCUUGGAAAGCCAAUGUUGUGGCUGAUGCACUCAGUAGGAAGUCUUCUGAUUGGGCAACAAGCAGGAUAGUGAUAAAUGAUGAUAUUCUGAAGGACUUGAGUGCACUGGAAGUGGAGCUCAUAUUUGGAAAGACUGAAGAGUUAAUUUCAGUGAUGAUGAUGCAGCCAUCAUUGCGGGCCCGGAUCAUUUCAGCCCAGUCUUCUGAUGAAGAGUUCCAACACAUUAUAAGUAAUAUUCGGGCUGGAACACAGAAGGGUGUUGAUUUAACAGUAACAGCUGAUGGAGUUCUAAUGUUCAGAAACAAACUAUGUGUACCAGCUGAUACUCAGUUGAAAGAUCUGAUUUUGCAAGAAGCCCAUCAAUCUCCCUACUCUGUACAUCCAGGUGGUACAAAAAUGUAUCGAAAUUUGAAACAGUACUUGUGGUGGCAUGGAAUGAAGCAUGAUGUAGCAGCCUAUGUUUCUAAAUGCUCUACUUAUCAGCAAGUAAAGGCUGUUAGACACCGACCACAAGGGCUUUUGCAACCUCUUGCAAUUCCAGAGUGA